AUGUACAGAAUAGUUUUUCCAACAAUUCAAAAAGAUUUAACAAUUUUAUUUGCACUUUUUUUCACCUUGAAAUAUAUCGGCCUCAAACUGUCAAAACCAAUCAACACAAAAUAUGCUUAUGAUGGAAAAGUUGUAUUUCACAAACUGAAUUUCUUUACUUUAUCGCAUAAUGACUGUACGAAAACAGUUGCUGAGUCACUCACUAAAACUCUGAAAAUAAAGUACCAGAUGCUUAGAGGAACAAAGCCAUUGGUAAAGCUAUUGGUUUAUGAGCUAGGAGCCAAUCAACUCAAUCAAGAAUUCGUGUUUGGUGCUUGUUAA